ACCAAUUAUAUACUUGCUUUUUCAUAGUCUAUCAUAAAAAAUGUAUAACUGACGGAUAUAUAAAGAGAAAGGCUGGCUUGAUCGUCAUAACGACAGCACUGUGGAAGAUACUAGAACACAGAACUCUUCAAAGAAAAAAUGAAAGCAAUAUUUGUGGUUGCACUUUCCGCUCUUUUGGUGGCGUUUGCUUCAACUACUCCACCACCUGAAUGUCCCGAUGAAAAUGAUAGCGAAGAAGAUGUUGCCUUGUUUCCAAAUCCAGACGAUUGCACAAGCUAUUAUGUCUGCAUUAGAGACCAACCAUUGUUGAUGCAAUGCCACCAAGGACUUGAAUAUAACCCGGCAAUAAGAAUAUGCGACUGGCCAAAGAAAAAUGCCACCUGUAAACGUCGGCCUGUACAACCACCACAUCCACCACACACUUCCCCAACCAAAUCAGCAAAACAUGUUGAUAUCGGCCGCAUACCAGUAUGAAUAACAGUAUAGAUCGAUCCAGAGUGACACCGACCGGAAUAAUAUGCAAACAUAAUUUGUGCGAAUAGAAUGGCAUGUUGAAUUUGAAAAUAUUAAUACACAGUAAUGUAAACAAUAUAAUGUAGAUUGAUAACGUGGCAAUUAUAGGCAAUAAAAAAGCAUAAAAAUUGA